UGUUGUUGCUGCUGGUAGUGACUGCAUUGCAGACUUUGAAUGAGACUAACUGUUUCACUUGACUUGAUGUUCCUUCCUUAUUCUUUCAAAACUUGAACUUUUAUUUAUAAAUAUGAUGAUCCCUGUCACUGGAUUAUAUAUUGUUUUGGAGUUGUAUGUAAUUUUGUUGGUCUAAAGCUUUUUCCCCCAAUCCAUUUUAUUCAUGCCCUUCCAAUUUAGACACCAUUAUCUUAAACUAUAAGUUUUUGAGUACUCAAAAGUGAAAUGGAGAAUGUUAUUGUGUAAAAAGUACGAAUUUUGAGGGCAACAGAAUCUCUUCACUUCAGAAUUGUAUUUCUACAUCAGGGAAGAAAGAAGGAAGGCAAUUUGUAGGUGCAAUAGUUUCAGCUUCUGGGCCAUAGACAGAGUUCAAUUUGAACAGUUUGAGUAGAAAAUUCAGAAUAGACUUUUCAGUAUGGUAGGAUUGGAACUCAUACCCAUAGGCACAAUUUUGACAGUGGUAACUAACCAGGUCUUGAGAACAGCUCAUGCAGCAGCUGAUGUUCUUGUCAGUAAAGAAUGUUUCAAGACCCUUUCAAAACAUCUAUUUGACAUUGAGCCAGUGCUAAGGGAGUUACAGCUUCAGGAACUGAAUGAUUCUCAAGCUGCAAGGGUUGCUCUAGAGUCUCUUGAAGCAGAUGUAAAAAGGGCUAGUAAUUUGGUGGACAAGUAUCGGAACCGCGGGCGAUUCUACUUGCUGGUUAAGUGCCGAACCAUAGUCGAAGAAGUUGAAAAAGUCACAAGGGAUAUUGGAAAGUCUCUGAAUGUUCUUUCUAUUGCAAAUACUCAAGUUCUAUCAAGAAUUUCAGAUCAGGUUGAUAGGCUGCAGAGUGAGAUGCAAAGUGUGGAGUUUGAGGCUUCGCAACCUCAGCUCCAGAUUGUUGACAAGUUGAAUCAGGGAAUUAGAGAACAGAAACUGGAUCAGGCUUUUGCGAAUUACAUGCUUGAGGAGAUAGCAAAGGAAGUUGGGGUGCCAGUGGAACCCUCAGAGAUAAGCAAAGAGAUAGCCAGCAUUAGGAGAGAAAAAGAAGAAGCUGCCAAUAGGAAAGAAAAGCUUGAAUUUUAUUUUUUGGAGCAGAUCAUUCAGUUGCUCUCUCGAGCUGACGCGGCGAGGGAUUAUGAAGAGGUUAAGAAUCAGUACUUUGAAAGGGUUAAGGUGAUACAGAGAUAUGAUUCAAGGAAAAAAUAUAUCCACCCUCUUAACUCUUUCUGUUGUUGUAUAACUGGAGCUGUUAUGGUUGAUCCUGUGAGCCUUUGCACAGGUACUACCUGUGAGAGAUCUGCCAUUGAAGAUUGGUUUUACAAUGGAAACAUGACAGAUCCGGAAACGAAAGAGGUUCUUGAAGACACUACCUUGAGGUCUAAUAUUCCUCUUAGACAAUCCAUUGAAGAGUGGAGAGAACUCAAUUACUGUCUUGUAAUAAGUUCUAUCAGGGAAAAGUUAUUAUCAAGCUCUGACAUGCAAGAAUCCCUGAGUGAAAUUCAAGCUCUAGUAAGGGAGAAUUCUAUUAACAAAGAUUGGAUUUCUAUUGGAGAGCUUACUGAUAUUGUGAUCUCUAUCCUGGGGAACUCUGAUGACAGAGAAGUGAAGAUGAAGAUUUUGAUUACUUUGAAGGAUGUUGUAGAGGGGCAUGCAAGAAACAAGGAGAAAGUGGCUGCAUCUGUAGGAUGGGAUCAUAUAAUUUCAUGCUUAGGGGGUGACUUGGGGAUUUCAAAGGAAGCAAUUCAUUUGCUACAAGAGUUGCUUCUAGACCGAUCUGGUUGGAAUCAAUGCUUUUGUAAAAAACUUUCUCAGAAUCGCUAUGCAGUUAGUUUCCUUGUCACCCUUCUAAAGGAUCCUGUCAACGAUUCAGCUGAGGUCGCGGAGAAGAUUUUGAAGGAACUUUUUGAAAUAAAUGAGGACAGCAUUGUCACUGCUGCUACUUGUGGCUGGUAUAAACCACUUGUUGAUCGCAUGGUUCGCGGACCAGAUUCGAGAAUAUCAAUGGCAAAAGCCAUAGUUAAUUUGCAGUUGAGUGAUUUAAACUUGAAACUCCUUGGCGAGGAAGGAGCUAUACCGCCUUUGCUAGAAAUGCUAUCUGGUAGUAUUGACUCAAAAGACACAUCAUUAUCAGCACUGGUUAAACUAGCAGGUUCUCAUGCCAACAAGGGAAUCAUUGCUGCAUCAGGAGGUGUUCCUCUUAUUCUAGAUUUAAUGUUACUUCCUCGGACAAAGACAUUCAUUACCAUUAAGUGCUCCGAAAUACUUGAGAAACUUUCGUCUUCUGAAGAUGGAAUUGAAUUUUUUGUUGAUGGAGAAGGGAAACAGCUUGAGUUAGAUUCCAUCAUCACCAAUUUGCUAUCCCUGCAGCAGAGUUCUAGCUCAGGUCACAGCUUGCGUAAGCCUACACUACGCGCUCUCCUUGGCAUUUGCAAGUUUGAGACUAGUUUGGUGAAAAAAGCAAUUCUUGCAGCCAAUGGUGUAUCUCAAAUUCUCCCACUUCUUGAUGACUCUGACUCAGAAAUCAGAGAAACCGCCAUAAACUUGCUCUUUCUUUUCUCCCAGCAUGAGCCUGAAGGAGUAGUUGAAUAUCUCUUCAAGCCUAGAAGGCUGGAAGCUCUGAUUGGACUUCUUGAGAAUGAGGACAAUGACAAUGUACAGAUGGCUGCAGCAGGAUUACUAGCAAACCUGCCGAAAUCGGAACGAGAACUCACCAUGAAGCUGAUUAAAAUGGGAGGACUUGAUGCAAUCAUAAGCAUUUUGAAAACUGGCAAAAUGGAAGCCAAAGAGAAUGCUCUCAGUGCACUCUUCAGGUUCACAGACCCUACUGAUAUCGAGUCACAGCGUGACCUGGUGAAACGCGGAAUCUACCCUUUGCUUGUGGAUUUUCUCAAUACCGGUUCUGUCACUGCAAAGGCAAGAGCAGCAGCUUUCAUUGGUGAUCUUUCCAUGAGUACUCCAAAUCUCACCGUCGUUUCCAAAUCACCCGGUUGCUGGUUUUUAAGAUCGUCGCGAGUUCCUCUAUGUUCAGCACAUGAUAGCUUAUGCAGUGUGAUCACCACAUUUUGUCUAUUGGAAGCAGAUGCUUUGCCUGGUUUGAUAAAGCUGUUACAUGGGGAAGUUCAUGCAACUGCUUAUGAGGCCAUUCAGACACUUUCCACAUUGGUUUUGGAAGAGUGUCCUCAAAGGGGGGCUCAUGUGUUGCAUGAGGCAAAUGCAAUGAGACCCUUGUUGGACAUUUUAAAUUGGGGAAGUGAUUCUCUCAAGGCAGAAGCUCUAGGACUUUUGGAGAAGGUUUUUGUGUCAAAAGAAAUGGUAGAAUACUAUGGAACAACUGCUAGAUCACGUUUAGUUGGUUUGACUGGCAUGAAUAUAUAUGGGGAUGGACACCUUAGGAGAAAGGCUGCUAAGGUGCUAUCAUUGCUUGAACGAUAUUCAAGGACAUCAUCAUCUGCAGUCUCUGGAGUUAUGGAAUGAAGCUCUAGGCCCUUAAGUUGGAAGAAAUUUCUUCAUAUAUAAUCUAGUUUAACCAACGGGUGGUUGGUUCAAGGGGUGCAUGUUUGAUGUUUGAUUCCCCUUAAGCUAGGUCUCAAGUUGAGUUUUGUGUAUUAAAGAAAACCCUCACUGGGAGAGGCAGCAACAGCCCACAUGAGAAUGUAAAUGUCCAGUAUUUCAUGGAGGAUACCUGUGACUAGUUCACUUUCGUUUUUAACCAAUUUCGAUAUUGUCACUCAGCUUUUUCUUUGAAUUCUCACAUUUUCCUCUGUAUUAUUUUUUGUUACUUAAAAAUCCAAGGUACUUUCUAAUUCAA